AUGGCUUUAUCCGAAACGACGCAGAGUCUUGCCUCUGAGGCACCCAAGGAAUCCGCGCCAAGUCCCCGGCGGACGGCUCUCCCGUCCAAACCUUUGUCAUCAAGAGAGAGUCUCGACCCAUCUCGGCGCUCGAAGCCGGAUGCCACCCCUUUGGGGGAUGACCGGUCUCGAGCAGAGAGUUCACCAAACCCAGCCACAAAAAGCGAGAGCCCCCGCGGUUUAUCACAGACUCUGAGCCCAAAGACAAAUCGGACACAGCUCUCGCCCACACCUGACACCCCGCCUCUCGAAGGACUCACUGGUCAAGUUUGCAGCAACUGUGGUACAACCCGUACUCCUCUCUGGCGAAGAUCACCUCAAGGCGCGACCAUCUGCAAUGCGUGUGGGCUAUAUCUCAAGUCUAGGAAUGCCGCGCGCCCAACCAACUUGAAGCGCCCACCUAGCAUGGUUGCAAGCAAUCACAGACCAACAACUACAGGACUAUCAUCUCCAAAUUCCCACUUGCCGCUGGCUCACAAUGCUCCCCCAGCAACAUAUGUCGCAGCGGACCAGACGCCAACAGGAUCAUGCCCGGGAGGGGGAAAGUGCAACGGCACCGGCGGCGCUGAGGGGUGCAGUGGCUGCCCUGCGUAUAACAACCGAGUUUCUAAGAGCGCCAGCAUGAGUGUGGUGAAAUGCCAGCACACGUUGUCUGGCCAAAAGACCCAGACGGACAGCAAUCCAGACGAACCGACCCCGAUUGAUAUUGGCGCAUUGCAUAUCCAGAGCCAGAACACCACUGUUGUUAUCGCAUGUCAAAACUGUGGGACAACUAUCACACCGCUAUGGCGGAGGGACGCAGCUGGCCACACAAUUUGCAAUGCUUGUGGACUGUACUACAAACUACACGGCUUACACCGACCUGUGACUAUGAAGAAGUCGAUCAUAAAGCGGAGAAAACGAGUCCUGCCCUUUGCUUGUCAGACGACGGAGGCCGAGAACGAGCCUGGCGAACCUACGGACUCACCUUCGCCUUCUCCAGAUUCCGAUGUCGAGAUGGAGAGGGGCUCGACUAAUCCAGACGGUUCCGUCAAUCUAGGUCUCCGACGGCGCGGAGAGCCGUCGUUGACACUUGUUUCAGAAAUCGCAUUGCGGCAGAAUAGCCAGGUAUCUUCCGCGCAGCCCAAAAACCCGGGACAGAAUCGCCCGCCACCUACGGGUCAACCUCAGUAUCAGCCGGAAUCUCUCACCAACGAGAACCGGUUGGCGCCGUUAACAGCUGUAUCAAACACAGAUGAACGCCAGUCCGCGUUAUCGCCAGCAUCCUUUCUGUCACCAUCCCGCAAGCGCUCCUUCUCCGCCACUGACAUGGAUUUCCGAGGUCCCAAUGAGGGUGAAAAUGGCAAACGCUUGUCAUCCAUCAAGUCUAUUCUUAAAAUGGUGGCUAUGAGCCAGGAGCCCGGGCAUGCGGGACAGUUUCUGCACUCUCCCGGGAGUACGGCAGCAUCGAGCCCGAGUCCCGGAGCGUUCUAUAGCCGCGGCGGAACAGACACACCACCAUCUCUUGCUACUGCCCGUCCCACAGAGAAGCUAGAGGCGGAGAAGCUGAAAGCAGAGAGACGGGCGGCACUUGAGCGUGAAGCCGAGAAGAUGAGAGAGCUACUGGCGGCGAAAGAGAAGGAGCUGGCGGAGUUAGGAGCCGAGUGA